GUGUAACGAGCCCCAGUUGCGCCCCGGCGCGGGGCCGCGGCGCCGCUGAUUGCGGAUAAUUGGGCGCCGGCCGCACCCGCGAGCGCCGCUUCCUCCCGUCCCGUCCCGUCCCGUCCCGCCAGGCCGCGGCCGCCGCCGCCCAUGGAGCUGGAGGCGCAGUGGUGCACAGGACAGCUGGCGGCCGACAUCCACCAAGCGCUGCGCUACAAGGAGCUGAAGCUGCCCUCGUACAAAGGCCAGUCUCCCCAGUUACAUCUAAGAAGAUACUUUGCAGAUCUGAUUGCGAUUGUGAGCAAUCGUUUCAGACUCUGUCCUGCUGCACGACAUCUUGCUGUGUAUCUGUUGGACCUCUUUAUGGAUCGUUAUGACAUAUCUAUUCAGCAGCUGCAUGUAGUUGCUCUUUCCUGUCUACUUUUAGCAAGUAAAUUUGAAGAAAAGGAAGACAGUGUUCCCAAACUUGAACAGUUGAACAGCUUGGGUUGUAUGACUAACAUGAAUCUGGUACUAACCAAACAGAACUUACUUCAUAUGGAGUUGUUGUUGCUAGAAACAUUUCAGUGGAAUUUGUGCCUCCCAACUGCUGCUCAUUUCAUCGACUAUUAUCUUUCUAUUGCUGUCCACGAGACUGAUCUUCAUGAUGGCUGGCCAAUGGUUUGCUUAGAGAAGACUAAGUUAUAUAUGGCAAAAUAUGCUGAUUACUUUCUGGAAGUAUCACUGCAAGAUCAUGCAUUUUUAAAUUAUGCCCCUUCUUUAGUUGCUACUGCAUGUGUAGCUUCUUCAAGGAUUAUCUUGCGUCUCUCACCGACGUGGCCUACUCGACUACAUCAUCUUACUGCAUACUCCUGGGAUUUCUUAGUGCCAUGUAUUGAACGACUAUUAAUUGCACAUGAUAAUGAUGUGAAGGAAGCAAACAAGCAAAAAGGACAACAUGUUCAGUCUGCCCAACAUACUGCAUUUCAGACCCCAGCUCCAAGUCCCCAGCAGACUAAUGUUCAACAGCAUAUACCACAGUAUCUCCAGGCUCAUCAGCCUUCAUUACAAUAUCACCAUCAGACAUCACAGCAGCAAAACUGUCAACAGAUAAUAUCAGCUAAUCAUACAUCAUCUUACCCACUUCAGACUUGCCCUGCUGCCUUACAGUCUAGUGUUCAGGCUCGAGGCCAUGUACAGACUGGUGCUGCUAUGUCACUAGCUGUUCCGCUAGAAGUGAAGCCAUGUAUAAGCGUCUCCUACAACCGGAGUUACCAGGUGAAUGGACGAUAUUCCUGUAUUACUCCUUGCUUUGAGAGGUGAUAAGUACAAAUUUAGUUUUGUGCUUGUUUUGUUUGGGGCGGGAAGUUGUGUUGAGGCGAAUUGUUUUGUGUUUUGUUAAACCUCAAGUAAGUUUAAGGACAACAAGUUGAAUAAAAAUAGUGUCUUUCCAGGAAAAAGCAACUGGAAUGGCAACCAGUACCUUAGUUUAAAUAUGGACUGCAAAGAAUAAGCGCACAGAACAUCCUCUAGAAAGAAUGCAUGUAUCUGGGAGUAGUAGGUUCUUACUCUGGCACUCAGAAUACUCUGUGCACACCUUUGAAAUACUGGUCGAUAGAGAAACAGCUGUGGACUAACUACAGGCUUAUCUUUUAAUGAAGGAGAUAUGCAGUAUUAUUUUGAAGACAUUUAUGUAAUACCACCAUACAGUAUUAACACUUACUUUAAAUUUACUUAAAAAUCCAUUGAAUGCCAGACUUCCCCAGGUAUGUGGGGACCACAGGAAGACAUAAACCUUAAUUGGCUAACUCCAUGCUCUUGCUCCUUUUUUUCCAGCUCAUGUUGGAUAUGUGCUUUAGACUAAGGCAUUUGAGUUAACUGGUGUUUUGGCUACUUUAAAGUUUUGUACCUCACAGGAUAGACGCUAUAUUCUCCCUUCUUUUCUCCUCCCUGGUCUUUUUUAUGUUUAAAGUUAACUCUUUCAUACUAACUCAGGGAAUUUUCUACUCAUUACUCUGUGCUGCUGGAUUGUAUGCUUAAUUGGAUAUAAUAUGAGGGAGGAGGGUAGAGAGGGAAGAGAAUAUAGGACAAGUGGACUGGCUUUUCUUCAGGGCAUUUAUAUGUAGAGUACCAAAGGGAUACAAUAGUGUUCACAGAACGUAAAUGUGAACUACUGCCCAGCAGUGUGGUAUUGAGUAAUUGCAGAAAAGAGAAACUUUCAGCUGAACUUUUACUGUACUAUAACUACUGCAGUGGCUGUGAUUCCUCUGUGUACAUGUGCACAUACACACACCCAACAGAAAACAUCCUCAGAUUUUACUAGCAGUAUAGACUGUACCAAAAAAAUUUACAGUUAAAUGCUUAUAUAAAUCCAAUUCUGUGUCAGGCUUAUAGUGGAAGAAGAUUCUCAGGUAAUAGCAGGGCAGUUGCUUCUUUGUGCUAUUUGAGAAUUCCAGGAAAAAAUGCAGAUUUACCCUUCUAAAUGGGUGGGUCAAAAAUGUAUUGCAGAGUGAAUUGCUUUAUCACAAUUAAGGUGCUAAUUACAUAAAUUUAUGAAACUACACUAUCUCCUGUGGAGUGGAUAGUCUGAGGGUAGAAAAUUUCACUCAUCCAACUCUUGGAUGAAAAUGGUGGUAAAGAUAGUAAUGAAGAAAUCUUCCUUUUUAUAUAUAUAUAUGAAAGAUAGUUGCCUCACUCCUAUGGUAGGAUGCAGAAGGCUGUAUCAAUGACAUGAUUCCUGUGACCUUAAAAUAUCAUUAUAGGAUGUGGGCUUAAGACUGCUCUUGGUUUUGUUUGUUCUUUUACCACCUCCUUCUCCCUGUCUUAGCAGCAGCACUUAAAAUCGUGUACCAUCUAAUGACAAAGUGAAGUAUUGUCAAUGUUACAAAGAUGUUUUGAAAUUAGAGGUAAUUAAGGUAUUUGUUAAUGAUAUUAAGGUGAAGGCUUUAUCAUGGAAGAGGAGGACUUCCUGUAAUAUUCAGAAUUGAGGGAGGACAGAUGCUUGUUCUUUCUAAAGCUGAAUGAUAAUAUGCUAUGAAAACCUAUUUAUGUUGGAGGAGAAGAAAUCCUGUUUCUCUUGUUUUGUCUUAGCAUAAAUCCCAAUUUCUGUUGUGGGUUUUUGUAGCGUGUGUGUGCAAGUAAAGGGAUCAAGGGAUAGGAGGGUGAAUGAGAGAUCUCCCUCUCUGCUUUAUGCUAGAGAAUAAACUUUGAUAUAGGCAUAGUGUGGUCAAUUCUUACUUUCUCACAUGCAAGGUUCUGUUUUUCUUUUUCCCCUCCCCAUGUCUUCAUGAAUAUUUCUCCAUGUCUGAGAGUAGUGUUAAGUAGAGACUUUCCACCUAAUAGGAUGCCAUGCUUUUUAUUCAGAAUUGUUACCCAUUUAAGAGGUAAACUUUCUUCUGCAGGUUCAAUUUUGUUGCAAUACUAUAUCCAAGUCUUCAGUGCUCUAACUACCUCUGAUGCUAUGAAUGUACAGUCUUGUAAUAGACCAUGACUUGAAAUAACAGCAGAUGCCUGUAGCAAACAUUUCUGUAAAAUCUUCUUAUCAGCUAACUUGUCAUCUUUAUUUGUGAUGCAGCAGUAUAGGCUUUUCUUUUUUGGAGUAUUAGUAAAUUUAUCCCAUAGGCAUUUGAUAUAUAUAUAUAUAAAAAAAACCUAAUACUUAACACUGGAAUUAUAAGGGGCAGGGGGAUUAUUCAGUUAGUUAAUACCGCAAAUUUGCAUUUAAUAGGGUAUUUUUAUUUUACUGUUUUAAGACUUUAGGUUAACUGUAAAAAGAUCCACUACAUGCUUUUUUUGUUUUAAUUUAUUAUUUAGUCUGGGUUUUCUGACACUACAGCUUCAUAAUGACUAUGGAGAAAACGUACACUGAACAGUUUCAAUAUAUUAUUUAAAAGAGCUUUACCAGUGUACAUCAAAAAAUACACUGUGUUCUUACUAUUAGAACCAAAAUGUGUAUUUUAAGAAUGGUGCUCCUAAAUGUAAAAUGUCCACAAC